GGGUGGGAUUCGUCCUUGCGGCUCCCGGGACUUGGCUCGGCUCCUGUGGAGGAAGCAGUCACGGGAUGGCGCUAAAAGUUGACUCCGGGGGAAAAAAUGCUUGGCAAUGAAAAUGGUCGCCGUUCAGCGGGCCCGAACCGGACCAACUUCAUCUCAACGCAUCUCAACGCCACGCUGCACCCAGCCGUCGAAUUCGGCCCUUCAACCCAGAGAACAAGAUCUGGUCACAGCCCACCUUGCAAGCACGCGCCCAAUGGCAAGACAAGCACUGGGCAAUCAAGUCGAACUAACUGAAGCUCUUGGGUUGUUCACAGCCGCACUGCUGGUUUUCUUUCUCUCCUUUUCCCUCUUUUCAGCGUCUUCAAGCUGAGGUCCAUCUCGAUCCAGAUUCUGAUCGGGAUACCACAAACGGACUGACGGACCCGCUUCCCGAUCCACCUUGGCGGCUCGAUUUGAGCAGAUAGCAGGCCUUUCCUCAUUUGUCCAGCCAAGACGCGGCAC